UUGUUGUUGUUGCAAAUUCAUUUUAACAAAUGUCGAAUAAAAAUGAAAACAAAAAUAUGAAUGCAGAACAAGAAAAUACGUUGGAAAUAAUUGAUAUUCAAUCAUUAGUGAAUAUAGAAUCACCGUAUUUGAAACCAUUUCGUUUACAAUAUCGUGAUCAUGAUGGACGGAUAAAAGUUUGGGAUUGUGUACGGACACAUGAUAGUGUUGCCAUUCUUAUCUACAAUAAAAGUCGCAAUGUAUUGGUAUUUGUAAGACAAUUUCGACCACCGGUAUUUCUUGCAACAUUGUUUAAUAAAUUCAAUUGUUCAAUAUCGGAUUUAAAAGAAUUGCAACGAAAAUCCAAAGAAAUGAAACAUGAUUGUGGCUAUACAAUAGAAUUAUGUGCUGGUAUUAUUGAUAAAGAUGGUCUAAGUCCCAGGGAAAUUGCACAUGAAGAAGUACUGGAAGAAACAGGAUAUAAUCCACCAAUUGAUGCUUUAGAAUUGAUUACAUCAUGUCGAACAGGUGUCGGUUCAUCUGGAUCAUUACAACAUCUAUUCUAUUGUCAAGUUGAUGAUUCAAUGCGUGUCAAUUCUGGCGGUGGUAUCGAUGAUGAAUCAAUUGAAGUUAUCGAAUUAUCAAUCGAAGCAGCUAAAACGGAAAUGUUUGCAAAUGAUGAACAAACUGGAUUAGGUCGUACUGGUGGUUUUCGUUUUGCUGUCUGUUGGUUUAAUUUUAUUAAAUAUCCACAAAUUAACAAAUGAAAUUUUAAUUGAAAUUUUGUUAUUUAUAAAUAAUAUUACAAUUAGGAUUUAUAUCAUUAAACAUUAAAAUAACUAGAUCGAUGAAUGGAAA